UGAACUUCCAGUACAAGAACCACCUUGUCUUUAAUUACUAUCUGCAUCUUCUCCCCAAGGCGAAGGAAGCACCAGACUUUUACAUAGGAGGAGGGCAGCGGUUCGCGAGAAGGCCCCACCACACCCUUCACAUGCUCCAAGUCCGGGGCCUAAAGCCAGUCUGGGGAAGCUUGGAGGACUUGGCCAAUGGCAUGCGGCGCAAAUGCAAUCCCCUGGGUCCCUGGUUGCCUGGGUUCAGCUACCCCGGCCCUCUCCGUCUCCCAGGGCCAGCUGUGCGAGUCUGAGCCGAGGCAACUGGGCUCAUUCCGCAAGGGUCACCCGCCCAACCAAGGCCGCCGUGCCGUCUGGUCAUCAGCAUCGUCUUCAUCCUCCACGGUGUCUGUCUGUCUCGUGGACUAACCCCCUUUCCCACCCCUCUCUACCUCUUGUAGUUUCUUCCGUCUCACUGACCUGCCCUCCUCCUCCUCUACCUCCUGAUUUCUCUUCUCCCAACAUCCUCUCCCUGGGCUCUCGACACCCGAGUAUCUCGUCUCACAAACUCACCACGACCGUCACAAUGGGCUCCGUGGCCGCACCAAAGACUUUUACCCGCGAACAGGUCAAGAAGGAGGGCAACACUGAGGAUCAGGUACUCUUCAUCAUAGACAGCAAAGUCUACGAUGUCUCCGACUUCCUCGAUGCCCACCCUGGAGGCGAGGCUGUGCUGCGCCAGGUCGCCGGCACUGAUGCCACAGAGGCUUUCUACAAUCUCCACCGCCACGAGGUCUUGACUGGCAAGUAUGCCGAGCUGGCCGUGGGUACAAUCCAAGGCGAGAAGCCAAAGAUAGUCAACCCGGGCCCUGGAGAGCUCUCCAAGGUCCCUUAUGCCGAGCCGCUUUGGUUGUCUGAGCCUUUCAAGAACCCCUAUUACAAUGACAGUCAUCGAAGGCUGCAGAAGGCCAUCAGGAAGUUUACCGAUCUCUAUGUCACUCCUGAGGCUCAGGCAAAGGAGAAGGAUGGCACGUAUAUCAGCCAAGAGCUCAUCGAUCGCAUGUCCAAGGAAGGGGUCCUCCACAUGCGACUUGGGCCAGGCAAGCAUCUUGAAUCUGCCCCCUCGCUCCUAGGUGGUGCCGUGAAGCCGGAAGAGUUUGACUACUUCCAUGACCUCAUCAUUGGCCAGGAGAUGACCCGGGCAUCAGCUAGAGGUUUCCAGGACGGAAACAUGGCAGGGAUGACUAUCGGGCUGACAGCCGUCCUGAACUUUGCCAAUGAUGAGGUCUUUAAGAAGAAGAUUGCCGAUGAGGUGUUCAGUGGCAAGAAGAAGAUCUGCCUGGCAAUUACAGAGGCUUUUGCCGGCAGUGAUGUUGCCCGCCUGAGGACAACUGCCAAGAAGACACCUGACGGCAAGCACUACAUUGUGAACGGAACCAAGAAGUGGAUCACCAAUGGCGUGUUCAGCGAUUACUUUGUCACCGGAGUGCAGACCGAUAAGGGCCUGAGCGUGCUGCUCAUCGAGAGGGGCGAGGGUGUCGAGACCAAGCUGAUCAAGACAAGCUACUCCACUGCUGCCGGGACCACCUACAUUACAUUUGACAAUGUCAAGGUUCCGGUAGAGAACCUCCUUGGCAAGGAGAACCAGGGUAUAUAUGUGAUCCUCAGCAACUUCAACCACGAGAGAUGGACCAUGUGCUGUGGUACUGUCCGAUACUCCCGGAUUAUCGUUGAAGAGAGUCUCAAGUGGGCACACCAGAGAUUGGUGUUUGGCAAGCGGCUCAUCGACCAGCCGGUCAUCCGCCUCAAGCUGGCCAAGAUGAUUGCCCUGGUUGAGGCUCACCAGUCGUGGCUGGAAACCAUUACCUACCAAAUGUGCAACAUGCCUUACUCUCAACAGUCCAAGUUCCUUGGUGGGCCCAUUGGCUUGCUCAAGAUGAGCUGUACUCGCAUGGCCCAUGAAAUUGCGGAUGAAUCAGUACAGAUCUGGGGUGGGCGAGGGCUGACACAAUCAGGUAUGGGCUUCAAGGUUGAGAAUUUUAAUAAGGGAUACAAGUUCGAUGCCAUUCUCGGAGGAGCAGAGGAAGUAUUGGGCGACUUGGGUGUUCGACAGGCCAUGAAAUUCAUGCCAAACGAGAAGUUGUAACUUGUCAGCUAAGUAUAGCUUGCACGUUACACGAGUAUUGCACAGAUCUGGACUGGGAAAGGGGCAGCAAAGGAGUGUUCAAGCCUGCUGAUGUUGGCAGCGAGAAAGGCACUUGGUGGCAUUGGUGCAUAUACUGAAUAUUCAAGAUCUCAUUCAAUGUGAUUUGAGGUUGGUGAAUGAACUAUCAAUUAUUUUAUGCCUGCUAGA